AUGGCGAGGCCAUCUGUAGAUGAAGAGCAGACUCCGUUGUUAAGAGACUUCGGAGACGAUCGACCAGAACAAAAUACAACCAACGAAUCCAACUUUGGCGAUCGCAUACAUGCCAUUGCUCAAGAGCCACUUACACCCCUGACGAAGAUCCUUCUCGUACUCGGACUUGUUUUGUUGCUCACAAGCUCUAUCUUUAUAGGCUUGUUUGCUGGAGCACAACAUAAGCUGGGGCUGGACCAUGGCGGAGGCGAGCACAAGACAGUUACAGUGACUUUGACGUCAACUUCUGUAUCCACAUCGACAUCCAUCAGCACCACAACCGAACCUGUACCACCGGAGCCGACUAAGGAACCGUCUGAAAAACGAUGUCUUGAACCUCACUGUAUCAUUCUAUCUGCCUCGAUUUUAUCUUCCAUUGAUACGUCCCAAGAUCCGUGCGAGAAUUUUUACGACUUUGCCAAUGGUGGAUGGCUAAAGUCUCACCCUUUACCCCCUGACAAACCCAGCUUUGGGAAAUUUGAAGCCCUUGCCCAAGAGAACAAACAAAUAAUCCGGACAAUCUUGGAGUCUUCCACGUCUGUUUCGCCACUGGAUGACCAAAUUCUCACCAAGUUGCGCGAUUUUUAUUCGUCCUGCAUGGAUGAAGAUAAAUUGGAUGAAAUUGGUACUGCACCUUUGCGCCACUUAGUUGAUACUCUUAGAAAACUAUAUCGUGGCAACGACACCGACAUUACGGCUGCUGAUGCAGGUGCUAUCAACGUCAAAGGCCUAACUGCGGCUCUUGCUUUCAUUCAUUCAAGAGGCAUCGAAGGGUUGUUUUCAUUUGAUAUUGAGGGCGACGUUGGGGUUGAUCCAAAUCAUAUGGUGCUUUGGUUCAAUCAACCCGGACUGGGACUUCCUUCCAAGGAAUAUUACGAAGAACAAGCAAUACUCGAGGUCUACAACAUUGUUCUGGAGCGACUCCUCAUUACACUUACUGAGGAGGAAGAAGAAUCGGCCGACUCACAUUCACAAAGUUCUGUCCUGACUACGAACGAAGAACACAAUGUCUGGCCUCCAUGGCCUUGGCCCCCAUGGGGAGGGGACGACGAUUCCGACAAAAAACCCGUGAACCGCACGUUGGAGGCCCAAAAACUCGCUAAAAAAGUUGUAAAAUUCGAGAGUAAAAUAGCGCAAGCAAGUCUUGAUUUGGAUAUCAUACAGCAAGACCCGGUCGCAACCUACAAUCCUGUUCCUCUUGCUAACCUCACAGACACAAUUACUCAGAUCCAUUUUCCAACAUAUUUCUCAGCCUUUACUCCAAGGUCAUAUCCUGAUACAGUCAUUCUUACUUACCCCGAUUUUGCCGCUUCUCUUUCUAACAUCUUGAAUGAAACAUCUGCGGAUGUUGUUGAAGCCUAUCUUAUCACACGAGUUGCGCUUUCACUUUCUCCAUACCUCGGUAGGAGUACAGAGGCUUGGCAAGCACAUCGUACACUUUUGGAGGCAUUAACCGGCAUCAAGAAAGGAGCUGUGGGUGAUCGGUCUGAGCAAUGUAUUGGACAGGUGGAGAACAGCCUCGGAUUUGCUUCUGGUCGUUUCUUCGUCAACGAAACCUUCGGCGGGGAUUCCAGAGACAAAGGCACAAAGGUUAUUACUGACAUUGUUGAAAGCUUCAAGACAUCUCUGAAAGACAUUGAUUGGAUGGACGCGCAAUCUGCUAAAGCCGCUGCCGAGAAGGCGGACGCGAUCCGUGUAAAGGUUGGAUUUCCCAUUUCGCCCGAUACUCGCAAUCCUCGCUCGAUUAUUAGCUAUUACCGCGACGUUAAAGCGAACAAACUUGAUUUCUUUGGAAAUGUUCUGAGUGCAGGCGCGAGUAGCACCUUCAAAACAUGGUCACAACUUGGAAAAUCUCGUGAUUUGAAUACUUGGGAAAUGUACCCGUCAACGGUCAACGCGUACUUCAAUCCACCUUCAAACGAGAUUGUUUUUCCAGCUGGAAUUCUUCGCCCACCCUUCUUUUCCGUGGAAUGGCCCAAUUAUCUUUCCUACGGCGCUUUCGGACAAGUAGCUGCACAUGAAUUGACUCAUGCAUUUGACUCUGCUGGUCGACUCUACAACCAAGAAGGAAAAUUAAAACAAUGGUGGACCAAUGCGACUUCUGAGGGAUUCAAGGUUAAGCAAGACUGCAUUGUAGAACAAUAUUCUGGAUAUGCUAUCGAUGACGGAAAGGGCGGCAAAGUUCAUGUCAAUGGAAAUCUGACGUCAGGGGAGAAUAUCGGAGACACUGGCCUUAUUCAAGCAUAUCGCGCAUGGAAAGCCCAAUUUCAUACCUCUGAGAAAGCUGGCACCGAAUACUUGCUUCCUGGCCUGAAUUACACAAGGGAGCAAUUGUUCUUCAUCUCAUUUGCGAGAAUAUGGGCGAGGGCCAGUAGCACCGCUGCAGCCGUACAACGUAUUCGUACUGAUCCACAUUCGCCAACUCGGUUCCGGGUAGACGGAACUGUUAGCAAUAUUCCUGCAUUUGCCCAGAUAUUUAAAUGCUCUAGAAAAGCUAAACUGAAUCCGCCCAACGAGGAUCGUUGUAUAUUCUGGUCUUGA